GGAGGAGAGCUGUGCUCUCCCACCCACAGCCCAGUCUGCGCUGGCAGUGACUCAGGCCUUCUCUCCCCUCUGCCACUCUCCUGACUUGCUCACAAGUGCGGGGGUGAAGGGCACUUCUGGAUGCCGGUGGCAUUUGUUGCCUGAGAGGUGGUUAAAUACAAGAAACUGCUGUAGAAGAGUUCCUUGGAUACUUCAGGAAAAAAUUUUUUCUUCCUUUACCUUUUUUUCCCACCCCCACCCCCCAAGAAACAAUUCCUGGACAUUGCAGAGAGCUGGUGGCCUUUCCAAGGUCGUGUUGAUCAUGGACAGUGAAGAAAUCCCUACUUUUUCGAGUCCAAAGGAGGAAACUGCAUAUUGGAAAGAGCUUUCCUUGAAGUACAAACAAAGCUUCCAGGAGGCUCGUGAAGAGCUGGCUGAAUUCCAGGAGGGAAGCAGGGAAUUAGAAGCUGAGUUGGAGGCACAGCUAGUGCAAGCUGAGCAGAGGAACAGAGAUUUGCAAGCAGAUAACCAAAGACUGAAAUAUGAAGUGGAAACAUUAAAGGAGAAGCUGGAGCACCAGUAUGCCCAGAGUUACAAGCAGGUGUCGUUGCUGGAGGAUGACCUGAGCCAGACAAGAGCCAUCAAAGAUCAGCUGCACAAAUAUGUGAGGGAGCUGGAACAGGCCAAUGAUGACCUGGAACGUGCAAAGAGGGCAACAAUAGUUUCAUUGGAAGACUUUGAACAAAGGCUGAACCAAGCUAUUGAGAGAAAUGCAUUUUUAGAAAGCGAACUGGAUGACAAGGAGUCAUUGCUGGUCUCUGUACAGAGAUUAAAGGAUGAAGCAAGAGACCUGCGGCAGGAGCUGGCUGUGAGGGAACGGCAGCAGGAGGUGACCCGGAAAUCAGCACCCAGCUCUCCCACUCUGGACUGUGAGAAGAUGGAUUCAGCUGUCCAGGCCUCUCUCUCCUUGCCAGCUACACCCGUUGGAAAAGGAUCAGAAAAUAGUUUUCCUUCCCCAAAAGCUAUACCAAAUGGGUUUGGUACCAGCCCACUGACUCCUUCAGCUCGAAUAUCUGCACUCAACAUCGUGGGGGAUCUGCUACGGAAAGUGGGGGCCUUAGAAUCCAAACUAGCUGCUUGCAGGAAUUUUGCGAAGGACCAGGCAUCACGGAAAUCCUACAUUUCAGGGAACAUCAACAGCACCGUGAUGAGCAGCAACGGCACAAAGUACCCACACCCAGGGCACACCUCCUUCUUCGACAAGGGGGCAGUGAACGGCUUUGACCAAGGGCCCCCGGGCCUGGGGGGCUCCCGACCGUCCUCGGCGCCGGGAAUGCUCCCCCUGAGCGUAUGAGCCGCGGAGUUUGGACUUGGAUGCUUUUCUCAGCCCACCUCGAGAAGAACUGCUCCCGAUUCCUCCCCAUUCCCACCCACCCCGCUGGAACAUGGCCCUGAGAGGAGACCCCGAGCCCACGGCCCUCCAUGUCCUGUCAAUACAGUUUGUUUUCUGCUGUCGCUGUA